UAUUUCUCUUAUAAACACACCACUUUCCCCAUUUUCCCUUCUCUCAACUAAGAGUAACACCCUUCUCCAAAUUUCAGUCCCAAUUCCAAAAUUCCCUUUUGUUAUGUUCUUCAGUCAGAUCCCUAAUCCUUUCAUUCUUAUCUACAUCAACAAAAGAUAGAAAAAAAAUGGAAUAAGAAAAGAAAAAUCUCAUCUUUAUCAUACCCAUGGGACGGUUCCUUCCCUUUACCAAAUACCCUUCAACAAAAUUUUCAGUUAAAGAUUUCUGACUCGGUUUCCAUUGAUCAAUUUUCUCCUUGUAACCUAAUUUCCCGAACCCUAACUGGGGUUCUGUUUUUUCUCCCCUAUUUUCAAAUGCAGAACCCUAAUUGGCUCCGAUUCCUUAAAUAUCGCUUAAUCCCUAACUUUUAUCCAUAGCAGAAAAAAAAAACCUGAAAAUCUAACUGCUAGGGUUCUUCCCCCGACAUAUCUUACUAAGGUUUUCACAAAAAUCCCAUUUUUCUUCUCUCAUGGUGGGAAACGACGAUGCUGGUGACCGGAGAGUGUUUUGGAGGUCGGCGUCGUGGUCCUCCUCUCGCACCGGCACCGCUUCCAGCAAUAACCCAUCCGGUGAGGCGGAUCCAAAUUCCUGCGGCGGAGACACUGUCACCGGCCAGAAUCGCAAGUUCUGUCCGCCGCCACUUACGCCGCGAUCGCAGCAGAGUUCCAAGUCCCGGUCGAGCCUGCCGCCCCUCCAGCCGCUUUCGAUAGCCCGGCGGAGCCUCGAUGAGUGGCCGCAGGCGAGCUCUGAUGACAUUGGGGAGUGGUUGCCCCCACAGCCGCCGUUGACCCCCGGUGGCGGCAUGAGAGGUAACCCUGGUGAAAGGUUGAAACUUGAUCUCUCCUCAAUUCAGAUGAACAAUGAUAGGAAUUGCAAUAAUGGCAGUAAUAGUAGUGGUAAUAAUAAUAGUUGUAACAAUAAUGGUGUUAGUGGACUCUUGAAGAGAGAUAGAAUUGCAUUUUUUGAUAAGGAGUGUUCAAAGGUUGCUGAACAUGUUUACCUUGGUGGUGAUGCUGUUGCUAAGAAUAGGGAUAUAUUGAAACAGAAUGGGAUCACUCAUAUCUUGAACUGUGUUGGUUUUGUGUGCCCCGAGUAUUUUAAGGCUGAUUUUGUGUAUAGAACAUUGUGGCUUCAGGAUAGUCCUUCAGAGGAUAUUACUAGUAUCUUGUAUGAUGUGUUUGAUUACUUUGAGGAUGUUAGGGAACAAGGUGGUAGGGUGUUUGUGCACUGUUGUCAAGGUGUGUCUAGGUCUACUUCGUUGGUGAUUGCAUACCUCAUGUGGAGGGAAGGACAGAGCUUUGAUGAUGCUUUUCAGUUGGUGAAGGCUGCAAGGGGUAUUGCCGAUCCGAAUAUGGGAUUUGCUUGCCAGUUGUUGCAGUGCCAGAAGAGGGUGCAUGCAGUUCCUCUUAGCCCUACCUCUUUGCUUAGGAUGUAUAGGAUGGCUCCACACUCGCCUUAUGAUCCUUUGCAUCUCGUCCCCAAAAUGUUAACGGAUCCUUCGCCUUCCGCAUUGGACUCCAGGGGAGCCUUUUUUGUACAUAUUCCCACUGCAAUAUUUGUUUGGAUUGGUAUGAAGUGUGAUUCCAUCAUGGAAAGGGAUGCCAGAGGUGCUGUUGGUCAGAUUAUUCGCUAUGAGAAAGCCGAAGGACCCGUUAAAGUGAUUAGAGAAGCUCAGGAACCUGCUGACUUCUGGGAAGUUUUCUCAAGGUUCUUGCCUUUGAUGGAUAAAUCUUACAGUAAAGUAGAGAGUUUCAAAUCAAGUGCUAAGGUUCGGCCUGGUGAGAGGAAAGUGGGCUCCUAUGAUGUUGAUUAUGAAGUUUUCCAAAAAGCUAUUGUUGGAGGUUUUGUGCCACCAUUUCCAUCAUCAGAGGAUGAACAUGAAACCCAUCUUCCUGCAAGAGAGAGUAGUUGGAGUGCCUUAAGGCGUAAAGUUUCCUCUUCUCAUAUGAAGGAGAUUGUCACAGCCCCUAAGUCAUCCCUCCCAAGGGUUUAUUCCGAUUCCAUGUUGUGUAUUCAUUCAACAAAAACUUCAUCUCCAUCCUCAUCAUCUAUAUCAUCAUCUUCGCCCUCGUAUAUCUCUCCAGAUUCUGUUUCUUCUGAUUCCAAUUCUCAUUUGAAGUUCUUGUCAGAGGUUUCCCCAGAUAACUCUGCAGUUUUGACUGCCAAUCCAGUGUCUUCAUCUUUGUCCAAGUUUUCUAAUUUGACCCUGUUGCAAAGUUCUACUUCCCAACCAGUAUCUAAUAGUGCCGAUAUCUGUGAUAUCAAGUUGUCACAUCCUCAUUCUCACCCAGCCCCGUUGCCUUUGAAAAAACCAUCAUCUUCCUUGGCCGAACGCAGGGGUAGUUUGUCAAAGUCUUUGCAGUUGCCUCUAAUGAAUGAUAAAACAGAGGUAACAGAUAAACCAUUGCCUUUGCAUGCUAAUCGACAAGAUGGGGUUCUUGAGAAUGGCAACCUAAGCUGUUCGCAACCAUCAGAUAGUACAUAUAAUUCUUGUGGAACUAACAAUCGUGUCGAGGACACAGGCGCUAAUUCAAUUAAUGUGGACUACAAGGAUUCUUUGCCCGUUAGAAAGUCUAGUGAGUUGUCAAUAUAUGGUUCCUCAAGUGGAUACUUGAAGCCUACAUCAUCAGAUUCACUUCAUAAUGGGGAUGGCUCAUUGCAGUGCAAGAUAUCCCAAACUCUAGUAUACCACUGGCCCAAUUUAGAAAAGAUCGAGACUUUUGGUGCAAGUCAUCUGGAAUCUAAAGCUGCUUUUGUUGUGUUCUCUCCAACUUUUGAUGUCAACGAGGAAAACAUUUUAUAUUUUUGGAUAGGGAGGUCUUUCAGUUGCAAUGCUUCACGGGUUCAGUUAAUCAGAGGUAUAGAGUCAGAUUUUGUAGGAGAAUUUGACUGGAAUCGAAUUGGAUGUGAUGUUCUUACACGGUUAAGUUUGCCGAAGAAUACUAUUGUCAAGGUUGUUAGACAGAAUGAAGAACCACGAGAGUUCCACUCUUUGCUGAGUUCAUUGUAGCGAAAGGAUAGUAGCAGAGCCCUCGUCUCCAAUAACUUGCAUAACCUUUACUGCGUAUGCAGCUGUGAUUACCUACGUCACUUUCAUUCUCUGAUUUUGAUCUUCCCUUGGGACAAGAUAUCAAGUGAGGAGGUUGCCACUUUGCCAAGUCCAUGAUCCUAGUUCAGCUUAUUGUACAGUGCUUUUACACCUUCAAUUUGGACACUUAUGUUCUGCAUAUAGAAAAUUCUUGCUUAUUCACAUUUAUUAGAUUUAAAGAAAAAUGUUCAUGCUU